CUUGCUUCCUUCUGCACCCCCUCGCUGCCUUGUGACAGUGCCGCGGCCGGCCAGUUACUCGUCCGCCUGAAGCCCUGCAAGCCAUGCAUCGCUAGCUCCUUCAUCCUCCCUCUCGUAUCAACCUUGAUUGUCGCUCGCUCGCUUUCUUUUUUUGCUUCGUCACUCUCGUUAAACUUCCCCUGUCGCGGGAGCUCACUGUGCGACACCAGCGUCGCGGGUGACUGAUCGCCUCUGCUGCCGCGUAUUUAGCCCACACCCUGCCAUUGCCCGCUUUCAAUCGCGUCCUUACAUCCGCCGGAAUGCAUCGCACGCCGAGACAGGACAGCAAUCCGUCGCCACGCUCCAGCCAAGCCCACAGCGUCACCAGCGACCGACACUCCAGCACCACCAGCAACCUCGCCCACGUCUUCGUGCCCACGCGCAUCGCGCCCUCGCCCGCCUACGUCGCCGUCGCCGCCGCCUCGCAGAUCGUAUCCGACCACCACAAUGCGCAGAUCAUCGAUGAGCUGGGGCCAGAAGAAGCCGAAUACGCGCCUGCCGAGGUCGCCCUCUUCUCCGAUGAAGCUCUCUCGCUGCUCAAUUCCUUCCUCGACUCGCUCCUCUACUCCAUACUCGCGACGGCGCGUUCGCCUUCCCUCCUCGCCAUCAGGCCCGCGGUUCUCGAUGUCCUGAAGCCCCGGCUUGCGCGUGAGGCCAUGAAGGUCGCGGACGAAGAGCUGUCGGGCCUGCUGGGUGGAGGGGAGGACGAAGAGGAGUUUCCCAACGGCCAGAGUGGUGAGGAAUGGAAUCUUGAGGCCAGCUUCAAACGGACGCGUCUGCGCAUCAUGGUCUACACUCGGUUGGGUGAGCUGGAGGACGAGGACGAAGAGCGUUUCCUGGAGCAAGACGAAAGCUUUGCCAUGGAGGACGAGGAUAUCAACCCAGACGCUGGCCUGGUAUCUUGGGCCGCCGCCAUAUUCUUGACUUCCAUCAUUGAAUACAUUGCUGAGCAGACUCUCAUCGUCUCGGGCCAAGCAGCCUACGUACGCGUCUUGGGCAAGCAAAAACGGAACGGACAGACCCAUAACGGAAGCCUUGGACAAGAGGAUGUUGAGCGAGUUAUAGUCCAGGAAUUCGAUGUGGAAAAGGUCGCACUGAACUCCGCAUUGGGUCGUCUUUGGAGGACGUGGAAGAAAUCUCUCCGGGCACCCACCACGCCGCUUUCUGCGCCUCCGGGACGUCUUUCCUUUGGCCGCCAAUCGCACCCGAUGCCCGCUUCGAGCCAUCGUCGGUACAGUAUGGGCGACACACCUGAGGAUGCCCCAGUCCCAGAUGCCGCAGUCCCAGCAAUGCCCGAGGCCAAGCAUGCUGAACCAGCCAUCGCAUCGAACAUUCCACUGCCGAUGUCUGACAAUGACGUUUCCGAAAUUGAGGCACCCCAACUUGAGGUAAUCGAGGCUCCAGCUAAGACCCCGCGUACUCCCACCCAAGCCGCUGGCAAAAGGCCGACCAGCUGGAUGCCAGGCGCGAUUGGGGCUCCUCCGGCCCGCCCUUCUCGCACGAGGUCGAAUUCUUUACCCACGUUCAACGAAGAAAUGACCACGAAACGUAUGUCGCGCGUUCCUGAAUGGCCCUCGACUCCGCCACCUCUUAAAUCCAAGAAAGAGCCAAAACAUGUGCGCGAGCAGUCCAUCAACGAUCACAGCCUGUCACCCGCACUUAUGGAAAGCUUGCUUCCGGGAGCACUGCCCGGUGCUUUUCCUGCGCCGCCUCCGGUUAGAGCCAAGAGUGUCCUUCGCGAGAACUCACCGUAUCGUUACAGCUUGAUGAUGAGAGGCACUGAGGCCGAGUUGGAAGCUUUGAGGAACAGCCCGCCGUUGAGAGAAGUGCAAGAGGGAACCUCAGGAACAAAUGGCCAAGUGAACGCAGGACCUGCUCAGGCUGAGAGACCGGCCACUGCAGCGGCGUCCACAGGCAAUGGUCUCGCUCAAAUAUCAGAGAAGUAUAGUUCGUCGCCCCGGUCGGCACCGGCCAACGAGCAGGUCGAGGCUGGCAAAUGGCAGCAAUCCACGCGACCACCGUCCGCACCCGCCCCUGCAGCGCGGAGAAACAAGAGUGAGAAGAGUAGAAAUCAACCAACUGUCGUAACGGCCGAGAGCAAAAGAAAGUCUUUCACGCCUAGCCCCACCACUCCGAAGCGUGAUAUAGAGCCCGCUGCGGUGGCCAGUCGCACUCACUCUCACUCCACGAACAACUCGUCCUCUUCUUUGCAAAAGGCUCCAGCAGACCCAUCAACGGCUGCGGCUUCGACGCUCGCGCAGAAGUCAACGGAGAGCAUGCGUGCUCGUGCAGAGGCAUACGCGACAGAGCGUGCGGCGCUGCAACGGGUCUCUUCCGUCUCUUCGGCGGGCACGUCGAUCCUCCAUGCCUCUCAUGGAUCGGAAUCAAGCCUGGGCUAUAGGCGCAACGGCGGACUCAGUCCAGACAUGACCGAGGAAGACCGCAUGAAGGCGUUCGACUCGCAGCUGGCGGGCGGCGACACAGUGUAUUACACACUGACGCCGCAUCGCAUGCGGGAAGGGACUCCAGAGCCCGGGCAGGUCAUGGAUGAGGCAAAGGUGAUGGAGUCUCCAAGUUCAGGCUCAGGCGCUAAGGCCAUGGGUUAUCCGCGCGUGCUUGCCGGCGAGGCAACCGCACGAUCCAGCUCAUCUAGGGCGUCCAGCAAAAGGGGAAUGAGCAGCAAUGCGGAUCGGAGCUUCUUCGACCCCGAGGACACGUGGGAGAAGGAGCGUAAGGCUCCUCGCCCGACUCCCAUCAACGAUUCCAACAACAUCUACUCGCGAAGCAAGCUACUACCCAAAGAACCUCGCGUCCAGACAGAUCCGACCUUCGACUUACGCGACUUCCUCCUCUCGACCACGCCUGUUGGCAAGCCCAUCAGCAGACCUCCCAUCACGGCGCCGCCCAAGUCUGCUCCCUCGGAGGCGACAACUGGGCGAACUCGAGCUGGGAGUCUCCUCUCCAGAUCUCAUAAGACGUCCCGAAACAAUUCGGUUAGCGGCGUUUCAUCCCAAAACGCAUUUGGUAAAGGAAGCUCGGGCCUUCAAUCACCGAAGAAGCACCUCGAACCGAGGAGCCCAGCCGGCCCGAGUCAUAUCGACAACGACCUCAUCGAUCUUAUCCGUCAGGGCCCACCCGGUGCUCCAGGCAAGCGCAUCCCUAAAACCGUAGCUCCCUUCCGCGAUACCAUGGAUUCGGAUCAACUGGAAUUGUACGCCAGCACUGUACCAUCCGAAUUUUCCCAGAACACGAACAACUCGCGUAGCGGCCUGCUCCCACCUCAAAGGACCAGCCAGCCAGCCUUCAGCGGAGAGCCUCAAUCCAUUUCCGGCAGCAUGUCAUCCUCAGGACCUCCCGAUGUCACCGUCAAGCGGCCCAAGAAGCGUCUCGACCCGUAUGCCAUCCCUUCAGACGACGAGCUGGAGGCAGAACUCGAGGCGAUGGAAGAAGAAGACGAUGACGACGACCUGACGGCAUUGCCACCCAACAACCACAUGGGCAUCGGAGCGCCUCCGGCCAGUCCUCCCGCGUCACCUCCGAACAAGGUCACCGGCGCCGCGGCUGCGCCUAACAGCAUCGGUGGCGCCGCCAAGCCGGCCCGCGGCAUGCAGAGCAUGGCCGACUUUUUGGCGUCGGAGCCGCCGUCGGGCGUGACGACCAACGCGCCCGUCUUGCCUUUCCAUCUCAGCGAAGAGACGAUUAAGAAGAUCAAGGCGGGCGGGAGCGCGACAUCGCCCGAAAGCAUCGGCAAGGCGCCGCCGAGUGCGCACAGCGCGCGCACGGCACCGACGAUUAAGACGACGGGCUCUGUGAUGACGAACAACACGUCGGGGGCAACGAUGAAGUCGCCAGCUUCGACGUUCUCACCCAUGCCGCCCGUUGCGCGUAGGGGCACCGGGGCCUCGGGCGCGUCGUCCUUGGGAGGACCGUUCGGCGGGCCGGUUGGCGGCAGCGCGAGUUCGAGCGCGAGGGCGCGCAUGGCGGGGCGGGAUGCGCGCAUGGGCGACGGCGAGGACCGUGGCGGCUUGUCCGAGAUGGCGGAUUUCUUGAAGAACUCGGGCCCGCCGCCUAGUAUGGCGCAGGAUGAGAAGCCGCUGCCGUUUAUCAAGCUCGGUAAGGACGGCAUGCCGAUUGAUCCGGCGGCGCCGUCGUCGGGGAAGAGGAGCUUUACGAGGUUUUGGCGGAAGUAGGGGUGUGAUGUGUGGAGUGAGGUGGGGAUGGAGAUGGGAGAUGAGGGAUGAGCUCGCUCAGCGACAUGCACGCACGUUAUGGGCGACUGGGUGUUUUUUUUUUUUUUUUUCGUCGUUUUCAUUCCGAUUUU